AUGCCAGACUUCACACACGUCAUCUUCUAUAGCUUGACUUGUUGGCGAAAUCUCAGAGAACAUCUUGGGAGAUCUGGUGCAAAUUUUCUCGACUUAGCAUCUUGGGACUUACUGGAUUUUCCUCAGACUCAGAGAGCUCUUCCACGUGUCUUGACUGUUCCUGGUAUCGUCUCUGAGCUGGAAGGAGGCGCUGUUGAUGGAUCCUCCGAUGUUAACUCCUCCAGCGGCUCACACGAGCGGAAGAUUAUAGUGGCGAACAUAAUCUUCACAAGUGAAACCACUUGCGAACCUAACUAUGCUCCAUGUAGAAUGCAUAUCGUGUGA